CGUUUGCCUUCCAUCUUUGAGGACAUGUAUUUCCAUUGUUCAGUCAUUUGUUAGAGCAGCUACUCGACUAUCUUGUCAAUAUAAUAGAUCAUCUUCGGUUCAGUCAAAAAACUGGAGCUUUGACGUCACACCACUAUUUUCCGCAGGAUUAAAGAUGGCGCCGCAUCAUGUACUAAAGUGCUGUCAACGGAGUUUAGCUUGGAUACCUGUUAUUUUCAUCAACCUGGUCGUUGGCUGGUCUUAUUAUGCAUACGUCGUGGAACUCUGCAUCUUUACAAUCCCAAAUAAUGCAGAAAAAAUAUCAUACCUGGUUGUCUUCCACCUGUUCUUCAUCAUGUUUAUCUGGUCCUACUGGAAGACUAUCUGCAGUAGGCCUGCCAGCCCCUCUAAAGAGUUUUGUCUGGCCAAAGUGGAGAAGGAGCAGUAUGAGAAGGAGCAGCCAGAUGCUCAGCAGGACAUCCUGAAGAAAGCGGCCGUAGGAUUGCCUGUCUACACACGCACUGGGACCGGAGCCGUCCGGUACUGUGACCACUGUCAAGUGAUCAAACCCGACCGCUGCCACCACUGCUCCACCUGUGACAUGUGUGUACUGAAGAUGGAUCAUCACUGUCCAUGGGUGAAUAACUGUGUUGGAUUUUCGAACUACAAGUUCUUUGUCUUGUUUCUGGCCUACUCCAUGCUGUAUUGUGUGUUUAUCGCUGCUACUGUCCUGCAGUAUUUCAUAAAAUUCUGGACACAUUGCCGAAGGAGAUCUGUUGGGGAUUGUCCUCAGAAUCAGCUGCCCGACACUCACGCCAAAUUCCACGUGUUGUUUCUGUUUUUUGUGGCGGCAAUGUUCUUCAUCAGCAUCCUGUCGCUUUUCAGCUACCAUCUCUGGCUUGUGGGAAAGAACAGGACCACCAUAGAGGCUUUCAGGGCUCCUGUCUUCAGAAAUGGCCCAGACAAAAAUGGCUUCUCUCUGGGCUUCAGUAGGAACGUGGUGGAGGUGUUUGGAGACCAGAAGAAGUACUGGAUGUUUCCCAUCUACACCAGUCAUGGUGAUGGACACAGUUUUGUCACCCGGUUGCUGACCUUAGAUCCUGAGCAAAUAGCUGUGGGCCUCCAGAUCAACGGCAAAAGCUCUGUAGAUGGUCUGGCAAGCCCCAAGCACAUCCUUGGCAACAACAUUAACCACAUUGAGGGCCAUCAGGAUGACGUAGCCCAGACGGUAACUGUGACAAUGGAGAGCGAAUCAUAGACAGGUAAGCCUAUAGAUGAGUUCCGCUGAAGUGCGCGUGUUUCCUGCAGACCUUAGAGUGGAAACUGAUGACCACCAGGUGGCUCAAAUGGCCAGUUUACAUGUCUGCCAGGAGCCAACUGAGCCAUUAACUGUGAUGCCUUACAACCAGCAGCAUCUCUGUCUCUACAGAAACCAGCCUUUUAUCACAUGCAGUACCCCUACUACCAUGGACAAAAUGUCAAGUAAACGCUCUUGAAUAGCCGUCAUCCUUUUAAUUGUCGUUCUCAUGACCACAAAACAGCAUCCCUGUUACCAUGGACAAACCCUGGACACGACAUCUGUCACCAGAGCUUUGAUCAGCUUUCAGUUUCCAUCCUCACCAAACGCAUGCAGAUGCGUUUUCUUUGUUGCUAACCAAAAACGCACAACAAUAUUUUUGUUGGUAACUAUUAUUAAUCUCUGGAACUGCUCUGUUAUUCAAGCCAAAAAAAGAAUACUCUUUGCACUAGGUCAGAUAAGUGCAGGAAAAUAAUUGCUUUCCAGUUAUACGCCUCCGUCAAAUCAGUAUUCACUUGCUUUAUUGGAAAAAUGAAGAGGUCACUGUGUCUUAGCACAGAAAAUAUGUUAGUGGCUUUGAUUUGAUUAAACCCAGAGGAUACAAUGUGGUGUCUUGAGGCCCUGAAGGUCAUGAGCACUACUGUCUCAGUUGAUUGUAGCGUGUGUGUACUGUAUGCACUUUACACUUGAAUCCUGUGACGGGUGCUAAGCAUAUCCAUUGAUUUCAAUAGGAUAGUAGGUUUAUACGAACCACGGCGUUGUAGGACCCUAUGCCUCUCCCAAAAUCCUCUCCUGCUCUGCAUCAUCGUAACUUAAAUGUGCAUUGUGCCUUCAGUACAGUAUGGAAGAACAAAGGUAUAGUGCAGUGCCAUAGUUGACCGUAGCAUGGUGUAAUAACUUUACAAUUUAUACAGAUGGAAAUGGAACCCGGAGAGGAUUUUUGUUUACAAUUUUAUGGGCCAAAUCCCCACUCAUGUUUUGCACAAUUCCGUGCAUCAGUGAUGAUAUACACUGAGUGUACAAAACAUUAGGAAAGCCUUUCCUAAUAUUGAGUUGCACCCCCUUUUGCCCUCAGAACAGCCUCAAUUUGUCGGGGCAUGGAUUACAAGGUAUUGAAACUUUUCAACAGGGAUCCUGGCCCAAUUUGACUCCCAAUAGAGUUGUAUCAAGUUGGCUGGGUGUCCUUUGGGUGGUGGACAAUUCUUGAUACACUUGGAAAACAAACUGUUGAGUGUGAAACCCAGUAGCAUUGCAGUUCUUGACACUCAACCAGGCACCUACUACCAUACCCUGUUCAAAGGCUCUUAAAUAUUUUGUCUUGCCCAUUCACCAUCUGAAUGGCACACAUACAUAAUCCAUGUAUCAAGGCUUAAAAAUGAUUCUUUAACCUGUCUCCACCCCUUCAUCUAUACUCAUUGAAGUGGAUUUAACAGGUGACCAACAAGGGAUCAUAGCUUUCACCUGGAUUUACCUGGUCAGUCUCAUGUUCCUAAUGUUUUGUACACUCAGUGUAUGUGACCAGGUAGAUUUAUUAUUUUAUCAAGAAUUUGGUUGGGAGUCAACACAGUUUUUUCAGCGGUGUAUAAUUCAUUACCAUUGGACAGCAUUGUUAUUCCAUUAAGUAUUUAUUUUCAAGGUUUCUUUUAAGUUGUAGAUUUUCCAUAGUUUAUUUUUGCUAUUGUCUGCAUUGCCAUAUGUUUUCAGAUAUGUAGCGUUUUUUAAACUGAGUUUAUGAAGAUUAAGGUAUCUGUGAAGUCAUCACUUUUGUUCGCGAGAGGGGACUUUGACACAUUUCACAGGAAAGUGAGAUUAAUUGUUUGAUGUCAGAGUUCUAUCUUUGAGAAUAAGGAAUUGCUAUUUGUGUUCACUUUAUGCAAUUCCUGACUUCUCAAUCUGAUGAAUGGUAUACAUAUGGAGAAAAACGGAAGGCUUUGAAAAAAAUGUUUUUUAAAGCACAUUUUACAUCACAAAUGCUGCUUUCUUUGAUUAUUAUAGCUGUUUUCUUAUUAAUCGAUUGUUUGGACGAUGUACAAUGUUGAGCAUAUACAUAAAUAUUUAAUGUACUGAACCAGAUUUGUUAAUACCAGUAGGCCAGUUUCCAUGUGUAGUAGUCCCUGGGAAAGUUACUGUUCUGCUGUAGUAAAUCAUGCUAGGAUGCUCAUAGACCACCAAGAGGACGCUUGAGCUAGACAUCAACCUCUCAAUGGACAGUUUUUAUUUUUUUAUUUUUUUUAAAUCAGAAUAUUUGUGAUCGGGUUUCUCAAUUUCCAACUGACUAUGAUCCAUGUGGUUUUUAGGAGAGUUGUUUGGAAUUUGCAAGCGGUUUGUUUACUGGAUGCAUAAAUGUUUGUAUAACACCCUAUCGUGGAGGAAUGUAGAGUGAGAGCAUUGUGACUAACCAGAAAUCCUAACUUUCUCAUUUUAAAUGAAUGCCAUAGAGAAGUAUUUUGUGCUACAUUGUAUAUUCACAAAAUCUGUUGACGGUAAAUCAUGGACCAAUUUCCUGUUGAAUUCUUUUUAUUUUAUAAUAUCUUAUUUUUUUAUUGAAGCUGUAUUGCAUGUUAAGUAUUUUCUCACUAUUUGUACUACCCUGUCAGCCAGUUUUGGUUGUUCAUGUUUUUUUUUUUUAUAUAUAAUCUAAAUGUGGAAAUAAUUUUCACAAAGUUCAAUAAUUUUUUAUUUUGUAGAUGAAUACACUGUAUUAAUGUGUACAUUUUAACAAUAAAUACUGUUUUCAGUGCA